GCCGGCCGGGCCCCCGCCCUGGGGCGAGACCACCUGGAUCUACCACGACGGCGAGGACACCAAGAUGAUCGUGGGCGAGGAGAAGAAGUUCCUGCUGCCCUUCUGGCUGCAGGUCAUCUUCAUCUCGCUCCUCCUCUGCCUCUCGGGCAUGUUCAGCGGCCUCAACCUGGGCCUCAUGGCCCUGGACCCCAUGGAGCUGCGCAUCGUGCAGAACUGCGGCACGGACAAAGAGAAGAACUACGCCAAGCGCAUCGAGCCCGUGCGCCGCCAGGGCAACUACCUGCUCUGCUCCCUCCUGCUGGGCAACGUCCUGGUCAACACCACGCUUACCAUCCUGCUGGACGACAUCGCCGGCUCCGGGCUGGUGGCCGUGGUGGUCUCCACCAUCGGUAUCGUCAUCUUCGGCGAGAUCGUGCCGCAGGCCAUUUGCUCUCGGCACGGCCUGGCCGUGGGCGCCAACACCAUCUUCCUCACCAAGUUUUUCAUGAUGAUGACCUUCCCGGCCUCCUACCCCGUCAGCAAACUGCUGGACUGUGUCCUGGGCCAGGAGAUCGGCACGGUCUAUAACCGUGAGAAGUUGCUGGAGAUGCUGCGCGUCACCGACCCUUAUAACGAUCUAGUUAAGGAGGAGCUCAACAUUAUCCAGGGAGCCCUGGAGCUGCGCACCAAGACUGUGGAGGACGUGAUGACUCCCCUCCGAGACUGCUUCAUGAUCGCUGCCGAGGCUGUGCUCGACUUCAACACUAUGUCUGAGAUCAUGGAGAGCGGUUAUACCCGCAUCCCCGUUUUCGAGGGUGACCGCUCCAACAUCGUGGACCUGCUCUUCGUUAAGGACCUGGCUUUUGUGGACCCCGAUGACUGCACUCCGCUCAAGACCAUCACCCGCUUCUACAACCAUCCGCUGCACUUUGUCUUCAACGACACCAAGCUCGAUGCCAUGCUGGAGGAGUUCAAGAAAGGCAAGUCUCACCUGGCUAUAGUACAAAGAGUAAACAAUGAAGGAGAAGGGGAUCCUUUUUAUGAAGUCCUGGGAAUUGUCACUUUAGAAGAUGUGAUUGAAGAGAUCAUCAAGUCUGAAAUUCUGGAUGAAACAGAUCUAUACACUGAUAACAAGACGAAAAAGAAAGUAGCUCAUCGGGACAGGAAGCAGGACUUCUCUGCCUUCAAGCAGACAGACAGCGAGAUGAAGGUUAAAAUAUCACCGCAGCUCCUCCUGGCAAUGCACCGGUUCCUGGCAACAGAAGUAGAAGCAUUUGGUCCAUCCCAGAUGUCAGAGAAGAUCCUUCUCAGGCUGCUAAAACAUCCCAACGUCAUCCAGGAGCUGAAAUAUGACGAGAAGAACAAGAAAGCCCCAGAACACUACCUCUACCAGCGAAACAAGCCUGUCGACUACUUUGUUCUCAUUUUACAGGGGAAAGUGGAAGUGGAGGCUGGGAAAGAGGGGAUGAAGUUUGAAGCUGGUGCUUUUUCCUACUAUGGGGUGAUGGCCCUCACAGCAUCACCAGCCGAAAACAAGUCUCCACCUCGGCCCUGCGGCUUGAAUCACUCAGACUCUUUAAGCCGAAGUGAUCGCAUUGAUGCAGUGACACCGACGUUAGGAAGCAGCAACAACCAGCUGAAUGCAUCUUUCCUCCAAGUGUAUGUUCCGGACUACUCAGUGAAAGCACUCACAGACAUUCAGUUUGUCAAGAUCUCAAGACAGCAGUACCAAAAUGCCCUGAUGGCAUCCCGGAUGGACAAAACACCUCAGUCCUCGGACAGUGAAAACACUAAAAUCGAACUGACUCUUACGGAGCUGCAUGACGGUUUGCCGGACGAGACAGCAAACCUGCUGAACGAACAGAACUGUGUGACUCACAACAAGCCCAACCACAGUAUGCACAGUGAAGGAGCCAUCUAGGAGCUGACUCCCCACAACCCACCCAUCCCAUCUCCUCAGCAGGACCAGCCCUUGCUCCUUCCUGCCUCCUCCCUGAGUGUGAACACCGUUAAUAUGUGCUUGCAACACUGUGCUGCAUCCAGUGUUCUGAGACCAAAGACUUUUGCGUCCGUUCUGGGAGCAGAAGAGGAAGAAACAGGAAGAAAGGAGCAAAGAGCAAGAGAGACUAAAGCCCCAAGCAUACUUUGGGAAUGGUGAGCCACCCUUGAGAACGAUGAAAAUACUUCUUGCAAAGUAGAAUCAUGUUUAUUUUUUAUCUGUAUUUUUGAUCCUUGUUGGGUUUUUCCUCCUCAAACACAUAUGGAGAAGUUUUAAAACUCCUCCAGUUAUUUUUUCAAGAGAGAUCAUGUUUUUAAAAAGUAUUUUGCAGAGUUUUAAAUUGUUUCUGUCCCUUCCUAACCUCAAAUGGGCUCUGUCGUGGUUUUGUGAAUUUGGCUCCAAUGUCCUUAGGCCUCUUUUCACCCCUCUCUGGUCCUUUUUGUUGCCCUGUUGAAGAAGUUAGUAACUGGUACUUGUAUGUUAUUUGUGUCCUAAGAUGAGCAAGCUUCAAGGAACCUCUGGUUUCAGCCACCUGGAGGGCCAAGGGAUGAGUAUUAUUACAUUCUUCCAGUUAGUUUCAGGGAAGGAGUGGUUACUUUCAUAUUUAAUGAUCUCUCAAAUUUCAGAAGGUUUCUUUGUAAAACAGGCAAAAGCAUUGUUACACUUACAGUUUUGUAACCUCCAAAAACUUUGUGUAUGUUGAAGAUGAUACUGGGGGGGAAGGAGUUAAUUAGCACAACUGCAGUCUCGUGAAAUGAAAGCCAGGUGUAAUUUUCCCUAGUGAAGUAACUGGGUGAUUUUUCAUUGAUGUUCUUCACAAUGGCAUGGUGAAGUAAUGUGCGCACCCCAAAAUGACAAGCUCUUAAGCACUAACGUGCUGUAGUGGUCUGCGCACCAUUAGCUUGGCCAGAGCAGAUGUGCAGUCUUUGCUAAAUAACAGAGAACAUCAGUCCCCGUCCCCCCCUUCAAUCUCUAGUAUUAACACAAAAGAUGCUGCUACAAUUACACCCAAAGUACGUCCUCCAGGUGACAGUAAACCUCUGCCAGUGCAAGGAUGGACUCCGCUGAGGAGCCGGGACCAUCCUCUCCUCUCCAAGAACUGACAAAACUUUCCGGACGCGAGUGUAUUGCACUUCAGGGAUUUGGAGAGGUUCAUUUCCAUGCUGUUCCCAGCCACAUUCCUUCCUUUGAGUGGAUUUAGUGCGUUUCCUUCUCUCUUGCCCCGUUUAACAGCCAUUUUAGGGAUUACCAUGGUAGCUGAGCAGAGAGCCUCCCACCCAGCUGCCACUAGUGCAGGGCACCCUGUGUGGGGCAGCAGAAACCUCAAAAACCUGAAUGCAGACUGGGUGCAAGCAAGAGGCACACAGCGGCAGUUGUGCAUCACGCAUUCCCCACUCCCACAGAUGGAGUCUUAAGUCCUCAAAUGAAAAAAGUCGUGUGUGUCCCCCCUCCCUGAUCCUCUCUUUUUCCAGUGCUGUCUCAAACAAAAUGUGAACGUUGCCCUCAGUAUCUUGAGUGAUUAAUAAAUCAGGCAUUGCGGUUCUCUCUGUUUCAAGGUCCUUCCAUGGCCCCUGGCUAUGUAGCAUUUCCCUUCCUUUCUUUACACCCAGAUAAUCUCAUCUGACCCUCAGAGAAGCUCCCAGCCCCACAUGCAACUGCCAGAGCUCUCUGUGCCUGCAUGCCUGCCCUGUCUCUCCUGCUCGCUGGCUGGGGAAGGCACUUGCCGCAAGUUCCCGCGGUCUGUCUUUGCAAAUGGUGGCUGGAAAGGUGCAAUAUUUUGCUGCAGGAUCUCCCUGCAGAAAAUUGGAGUGUGUGGUGUCAGAGCUGAUUGGGUCUGCGUGUAUCUCCUCCUCUCUCUUUCGGCUUCAGAAAGCAGCCCGAAUUUUUGCUGUCCUCCCCGAUGGGAAAGGUGCACUUUUUCCUUGGAGCCACCCAUGAGGACGAAGUCCCCACAAGGGGGCAUAGAAAUUGCACAGUAUCUAACUUGUACACCCAGGGAGGAGGAAACGGGGCCCCCAAAACCUUACUCUUAUAUUUAGCUUUUUAUGAACUUUCUUUGAGUCCCAUCUAAAAGCGUUUCCUUAGUCUCCAUCCUCGCUCUGAUGUGCACCAGCCCGCCACCACUGAGAGCACACGGCUCUGCAUUGGCACAGGCUGACUUAAGCCCUGCUUGCUCCCGGAGAGCUGCCAAUAUUGCACCUUUCUCGCAAAGCAAAAUGUUGAGAUGUUACAGCAUUUGUCCUUGGCGAGGGACUCACCUUGCCAGUUUUUAUCUAGCGUUGCUGAAUGUAAAAGUUUGUCGGAAGUGUUUGACACGGUGGUGAACUUGAGAUGCAGUAUCCGUUUUGUCAAACCUGCCGAAGGAGGGGAGGCUCAAGUCAAGGCAGCUCUCUCUCUGGGACGAGGUUGCUUGCUGGAUCUGACUUCUGCUUCUUAUGGCAGGUUAUGGAUUUGUUUGUGUCUGUUUCCCUUUUAAAAAAAAAAAAAAAAAAAAAGGCAAAAAAAAAAAAAAGCCAAUUUUUCCAACCAAAGCCAUGUGAUCCCAAAGCAAAUACCUCCUGCUUCUGCCCAUGCUGCACUGUUCCAAAAUUUGCAGGCGAUUUUUUGCAUGACUGUUUUUCAUCACUUGUACAGAUCCAAUAAUGGAAAGUGAAAUAAUUUCCAUAAAAAUAGUUGAUUAUAGAUGUGUUUCAUAUGGAAAAUAUGUACCUGACCCAGAGGGGUUAGGAGCUGCUACUACUAAUUAGCUUGAAGAACAAAGCAUGGUCCUCUCCCCGGAGGGGAAAAAAUCCAGUCUCCCUGUUCUCAGGGUAUUUACAGUUUUACUGUUUAACAAAUGCAAGGGGUUCCCAGCCCUCGUGGUGGGAACCAUCACAAGCAGAGGAGCCCAGUGCCCAGCUCAGGACCACUUCUGAGCCUCUGGACAGCGUUUGCCGGCGCCGGGGCUUGGCUCUCCCAACUGCAGUGGAGAUGCCACGGCGUCUGAGUCUGCCCUUGCAGCGAGUGUCCUGCCAGAGCAGGUCUGCUUUCUCUGCCUCGCUGGCUGCUCGCCUGCACUCAGGUGGGCCCAGAUGCCAGAUGCCGUGCCGUCAGUGCCAUAAGGACGUGUGGCAGGGGUGCCGGUCGUCGCCGCGCCGCGGGACACCAGCUGGUGGCUUUGGGAAUCGUUGGACUUGACCUCAGACCUCGGCAAGGCUUUGACUCGUAGAAAGGAUACUGCAUCUUCCUAUGUCAGCUCCUACUGCCGCCUUUGUUCCCCUCAUCCAUCUGCCUCCGGGUGCAGGCAGAGGGGUGGACGAUGGCCUGUUGGCCAGGGGAGGCUGGGAGGGCAUCUAGCCAUGGUUUCUACUGUCAAUACAAUUUUGCACAAGAGUUCUUUGAAGUGAGGUUUUCAACACUAAUAUCUUAAAUGCACAACUGUGAAUUAUAACUUUUACACUCCUGUUGGUUGAAUUUCCUUUAAAUGAAAUGAACCUGAAUCUGUUGUAACUAUGAUUUUUUUUUUUUUUAAUUCUGUGUAUUGCCAAAUCUUUGUAGAGUGAAGGUAUGUAUGUUCUUGCUUUUCAAUGAGAAUCUUUCUCCAAACGAGACUGACUCUGGUGACGUGGAGAUCAUACGAAGCACGCUAGUUCUGAGUGAAGAGGGGCUCAGGGUGGGCUUAGCAACCAACCUCGGCCUCUCUGUAGACCCCAAGCUCAGACCCUCCAGAGUUUACAAAGCGCUUGUUGUUUUAUUCCCAGCUUGUCGACUCCCUGAAAUCCCUGUGCAGCUGAUGGCGGCUGCCCCAGAGGAGCUCAGGACGGGGUAUCCCGCAGAGGGCUGAGGGAUGCUGGCAGGGUGUCCAGGCUGGCCGGGCAGCAGGGGCCCCGAGGCUGGCGUGGCAGGACGAGGUGCUUCCCCCAUCCAGUUGCACCUGCAGAGUGAGCUCCACGAGGCAGGUCCUUCCACUGCUCUCCACUUCUGCUCCGAACCUGUAGUCAUGUGUCGCUCCCUCUUAUGCUCUUUUUGCCCCCACACGUGCUCCUGCUCCAGACUGAGCAGGGAUGGGAUGAUGCCGAGACCUGUGCGGGGCAGCUGGAGCUGGAGUUGACUGCUCAAGGCUUGCAGUUCUUGGGCCUCGUUGGAAGAGGGGUCAGCCACUCAUUCACAUUGUGCUCGCUGUUCUGUUCCUCCUCUCUUCUCCUGGACUUACUCCCCUCUUCCUCACCACAGGGUUUUUUUUUUUGGUUUUUGUUCUUCUUUUCUUUAAGUGCCUUUUUGUGCGGGUGGAGCUGGCAAGAGUAGGAGUCUCAGGAUAUGGCCCUUUGCACUCACCUCAGACCGAGAGAAAGCUCAGGGGGACCAGGGCGAGUUGCCUGUGAUGGCCCACUGACAUCACCUAUUGCUGCUUCUCAGUCUUUAGGGCCCAGCUCAGAUGAGGAUGAGAUUUUGGCACUGGUGGUGUCAGGCUCUGGCUCAAAUCAGCUCAAAGAAAACCAAAGAGGUUGCUUUGUGCGAGGGGCUGCUUGGGCAGCAGUGGUGCUUCCUGUGAUCUCUGCAGAGCUCAGCCGAGGGGCGUGGGGGUGUGGAUGGCAAAGAGCAGCACUGUCUCCUCACGAGCAUCCCUGUGUAAGCAUCCUGUGUGAUGGAGAACACAGCCGCGUUCUCCAGGACCCCUUGGAACAUACAUCUUCCUUGUGCUGAAAUACACUAUCUAUAGAAAUCAUUCCCACACGAAAGAUGUACCAUAUUUUAUAUGCUAUCAUCUAAUACACACGUCUGUGGUUUUAAAACUAGUACCUGUGUACCAGUUGUCAAGUUAUCCAGUGUCUGGAUUACCAGUAGUAAACUGGGGCUGGGGGGUGGGGAAGGAUGCUACAGAGAGUACCUCUUAUGAUGCUACCUUGAUGCUGCAUCCCAAAGGUGUCUGACCAGCAUUGAGGGAUUCCUGCGUUCAUACUGUGCACUGUCAUGUGCAAAGUUGGCACAAAGCAGAAAACCAGCAUGUGCUGAAAGGCUCGGUGUGAUACAGACCCAGGCUUGCUGCCCGCCCCGCUGCCUGGCUCUACACUGGGGCUCUAAAUAGACCCAAAGAAGUACUUGGUCCUUGGAUACUGAGGGUUGGUUUGGCCCAACAGUGAAAUGAUGAGCUUAACUAACAUGACUGAAAGCUGGGCAUCUUUUCAUGGCAGAGGAGAGAGCAGCCUUCAUCCUGACUUGACCAGCAGAGAGGACAAGUUCUACACUACAAGCUGGGCUGGGAAGCCACCCUCAUCCCUGCUCUGUUGUUAUACUUGCUCCAUCAGUUGCAGGUCUCUUGUCGGUGUGAUCUCUGUGGUGAUACUGGCCUCACUCCCAUGCGUCAGCAACACAGGGGACUUGGAGACAUCCAUGGCUUCCCGCAGAGCCCCCCAGACAAUCCCGCUCGGUGUCUUGCUCUUGUCCUGGAGCCUGGCUUCAUGCUGGGUUGUUUUCCUCUGUGGUUAGUUUCAUGGCUGCAUCCUUGAGGCCGUGUCCAGGCAAGGGGAUGCUGUUGCUGCAGGUCCAAGGCGGUACAGUUGAGCUUUUGGGUCUGAUUGUGCGUAUUUGUGUUUCUGUUUAAAAGCCGGAUGCUGAGCCUGGGGAGGCCAGAGCAUUCCCUAGGAGAAACCCUGGGAUGCCAGGUUAUCCCAGGGCCCUUCCCUGAGCUGCAGGGAUGGGAAGGGGGUGCCGGAAAGCUGCCUCCAGCCUGUGGCACGGUACAGGUGCUGGAGGGAGGCAUUUCACAAAUCGGUAGUGCUGAACUCCAUCAGAGUGACAUCUUGUUGUUCUUGUUAUCCUGAGGUCAGGCUCUGUAGUGGUUCUGCACCUUAGAAAUACGGUACUCAAAGCUGCUGGUCUUUUGUCUCCAGCUGAAAAACAUCUUUCUGCUCUCUCCUGAGGUUUCUCCUUUGGGCCCUGUUUUCCUCUGAGCGAGGCUGAUCACUGGGAUCCUGCAGAGGACAGUGCCCUGGCUGUUCUCACCCCUCCAGCGUGGAUUUCUGGCUAAUGAAGUGCUUGAUGUUUAAUCCUCCCCCCAAUAGGAGAGGUUUGGCUGUUCUUGACAGAAGCUGCCUGUCACAGAGCUGGGCUCAAGGUUUGCCAGCUGUUGUGAGCCAAACAAGUGCCUGAAACGUGCAAAGGCUGCAGGUGGCUCCGAUGCUCCAAAGGUGGAUUUGAUGUUUCUGUUGUCUUCUCCUCCUGGAAGCGGUGCGGCAGUCAGUUGAUAGCAGGGUUUGUUGGGGAGGAAGGGCUUGUCCCAGUAUUUAGUGCUUGGCAGAGCAGUCUAGCAUCCUAUUUCAGCUGUUUGGAGACCGCAAAGCUUUAUAAAAGGAGGUGUGUUUUUAUCCUCUGGGCAUCACUUUUGUACCAAAUCCUUCCAAAUUGAAGUGAGAAACUUGUGUCAGAUGAGUAGCCUGGAUCAUAGGCCUUUAGGUGGAAGUGCCAAUACUGAAUGCAUGCCUUCUGGAUUCGCCCAAAGGUCAACGCGGGAGGGUGGAGGGGUCUCCCAGUGAGCUCCUCUGUUCUCAGAAGUGACAGACUGGCCGAGCCUAGAUCAGCUCUAGCAUCAUCCCUGCUUUAAAGUCUCAGGUCCCGGCAGGCUGGGCUGGGCUGGUUUGGCCGGCGGGUUUUUACCCAGGGUACGCACUCUGUCCUUCUGCAUCGUGCUGGCUUGAAUUCAGCAAUGAUGUGGCUUGCUGCGGCUGCUGCUCUCGCAUCGGCAGUGGCUGUUCCUCUGCUCCUCUCGCUGUGGUUUGGUUGAGUGUUCAGGAAGGCGAGAGAAGGAGGUGCAGCAGUCAGGAGCGGGCAAUGCUGUGGCCGUCCUGUCUUCAUUCCUCGCACUAAGGGUGGGAGGUGCUGCUCAAGGGACUCUGCCUUCCUCACAGACCACGUGAAAUUUGGAGAGUGGAAAUCCACCAGGACCCCAGCACCAGUGCUCCGGUCCCGUUUGAUCCAUGUUCUCACGAGCACAAGGGUGGCUUUGAGCGGUUCAGGUGAGGCCCUGCUGAGGUACCUCAGAGCUCUUGGCGUGUGCUUUCUCCAGCACACAUAGCUGCAGCGCCAACCUCGACACCUGAAUCACAGGGCAGGUGCCUGGAUGCCAAACUCAUUGAAUCUGAAAAGCCAAAUACUUGAGGAGGGUUCCUGGAAGC